GGGCUUGUCUCCUGCAUCUCUUCGUUGCCUGUGGAACAACCCAGUCUGGCAGCCACGAGAUAGGAACCAAGCUUUUGUCUGAAUCCGAGCCAUGCUUGCGUGCUGUCUCUGAUUCAGUGUCGUCUCCGCCAUGGUCCAGAAAAGGGCUUGUGAUGCCUGUCAUAAGAGAAAGAUCCAAUGCGAUUCCACCAGUUCCAAGACACCCUGCAACUGGUGUGAACAUCACGGCUUGGCUUGUACAUUUAACCGGAUUAGAGGCCGGAAGAAGAAGGCAAAGCCCAGAACCACUCAAACCUCCGAACAAAGUCUCGCAAAGAGACUGGAGCGCAUCGAAGAUGCAUUGGCUCAGACUCUUGCUCGUCAGCGUGGUACCGACACCUCAGUAACCUCAGUCCCCUCCAAGCCCUCAACUCCUACUUCCACAAGUGUAACAACAACACCAGCGCCUCAAACCAGCUUGGAUGAGACCACCAGGUCCUCGAUAACGACGCCGAGCGGCUUCACUAGCACCGUUUCAUUCGGUCAGAUUCAUUACGGUGGCUGCCACUUUGGGCGGAUCAGCCAACAUAAUGGCAUGCCGAUACUUUCUGCCGAAGGAAUGAAAUGGCUAUCGUCGAGGACUGGUGAGGAUGUUUCGUUUCAAAAGUUCCAACCCCUCUCUCCACGACAGCGACUAUUCUCAUCCACAUCCUCCAUCUCUAACUACUACAACAACCCUGCCGACCUCUACGAGCUUCCCGAUAGGAAGCUUGUCGACCAAAUCCUCCACGUAUACCUCCACUCCGCCUUUCGACUUGUUUUUCCCGUCAUCGACCGCGUCCUGUUUGAAGAUACCCUUACCUUGGCAUAUGAGUCCUCAACCGAGCCUCUAUCUCUUGACCAAAUCAGUGCCAAAUCUUGCGUUUAUGCCUUCAUCUCCAUCAUCUGUCUGUUUCAAGGCAGGGUGUCGGAGAUUCCUUAUCUCGACAGCGAUGCCUGUGCCCAGAAGGCACACUACCUUUUGACAGAUGCUCUUGAGGACACCAGCAUUACAAGUCUGCAGGCUGUCUUUAUGCUGCAUAUGCACCAAACCUUCUCUGGGCACUUGCAGUCGGCCGCCAUGUUGCAUGCCAUAGCUUGCCGCAUUAUUUUCAUGCUUGGUGGGCAUACAUAUACUCCCACCAAAGCCUAUGGCACCGAGGCCACUCGUGAAGAGCGCGAGGUACGACAACUCCGAAUGCUGUUUUGGCUGUGCUAUAUCUUUGACAAAGAUAUUGCCUUACGAACCGGCCAGCCCCCUUUGAUGUCUGAUGACUACUGCGAUCUCACCCUCCCUGAGGACUAUAUGAGUUGCUAUUUCUACCUACCAGAUCUCGAUGAGAACCUUACAUCACCAUCCUAUAACAAUGAACAUCUUAUGCCUCAUCUUCCAGGAGAUCCCCGCCUGAGCCACCUCAAGGACAAGACAAGUCGCCUCCUCUACUCAGCACAAGCUGCCAAGAAGUCGGAUGCAGAACUGCUUCGCGAUAUCCGUGAGCUCGAUGAAGAACUCGAAGCUUGGCGACUAUCGAUCCCACCGGACUUUCGACCCGCACUGUCGAUAACUGAAAAAUCCAAAGUAACGCUUGCGGGAAUGCAGCUUCCUCGAAGCAUGCGACACAUCACGUUGCAUCUGGAAUAUCAUCAUCUCAUGACUGCCAUCCACCGAGCUAGUGGGCGAUGCCUUGGCAUGUCUGAGAACAACUCUGAAGAUGGGGAAUGGAAGGGAGGCAUACAGUCUAGUAUUGCCCUGUCGUUGGAGGCGAGCCGGUCUACACUCGUGUACCUGAGGGCGGCCAUCGACGGGCUUGCGGGUGAAGCAUUCUGGGUCGUCGUCUUUUAUCCCACAGCCGCGAUGAUGAGUCUGUUUUUCAACCUUCUACUAAACCCGCUUGAGGAACAGGCACAGACAGAUCUGGAACUCCUCAGCUCCGCUGCAGAUUUAGUCAGGCAGUUACCCGUGAGGCGACUGACUCCUCACGAGCUUUCACACAUGAAGCUGGUCAACGAUUUUGUGACUGAGCUGAUACGGCUUUGUAAAUGCGCCAUUUCAAAGGCCACAAAAGAGCGGGAACAGAGGAACCGCGAAAUGGAAUUGAUGAGUGUCUAAUGAGCAGAAUUUGGGAGGCACAUUGAUUGGCGUGACAGUCUUUUGGCGGGUUUACAUUGCUCCCUUUGCAUUUCUGGAUUUUUGGACUUGGGGGCUUUCUUAGAGGAUAUUAGACAUGUAGGAUACGGGGUGUUGUUUCAAGGCAGGUUAUAAUUAGAUCAUCUGUUCCAUUUUCAAUCUCAUUUGCCCUCUGACUU